AAAGAACAAGUCUCUCGUUCUUAUAAAUUAAUCACAAAUUUCACGUAUCAUCAAAAACCGGGUUAGUUUAUCAUGAACAGCAAGAGAAUUGAAGGAUUGCCUUUCCUACCUGGGAACACUUUUAUUGACCCGACGCUUUCCGAUUUCAGGAAGAGCCAUACUUUUGCCCAUAAGAAUGGAUUCUUCAAUUCCAAGGAUGACUAUUUGGGCGUUGGGAACGUACCGAUUCCGGCGAAAGCUAUGUCCGUCAAGGAUCUUUUCGACAUGUACAACUAUGAUCCAAUCUUGACGUAUGGCGUUCCUCGAGGGAGACCGACUAAGCCACUAAUUCCAGCGUUUGUUGCACUGGAAAAGAAAACUCUGAAAUUUGACGGGUACUACAAGGAGACCGUAAAUGAUUCAGCGUCGGAAAUUUAUCGCGUACGACAGGUCAAGAUAUUAUACUACUUGGAAGAUGACACCAUCAUGGUGGACGAGCCAAAAGUUGAGAAUUCUGGCCUGAUGCAAGGAAAACUAAUUAAACGCCACCAGAUUCCAAAAAAUGAUUUAGGCGAGUUUUGGCACUGGAAGGAUCUCAACAUUAAAUGUGACAUCAUGUUUUACGGACGAGUUAUUCGCGUUACUGAUUGUGACAAGUGGACAAAGGACUUUUACGAAAGUGAGGGCGUGUUGUUGAAUGAUCCCGAACUAAUACCACAGGAUCCUUAUAUCGAAAAACGAUUCCAAUCUCAGAAGAAAAGGACAUUCCAUACUCCAGACAUAAUGGCUGACGGUCGCAAAAAGUACAUGGAAUUUGGACAGAAAGUACUUCGUUUCAAGUGCGUCUGGGAUGAACGGGAACAGGAAUUUGGAACAUUGAGACGUUACGACCUAUUUUACCAUCUGGUGGAUGACAUGGUUGAAGUAUGUGAACUGCAUGGAAAUAAUGACGGACGCGAUCCCUUCAAGCUCCUCUUGCACAAGACUCGCCUUCCGAAAAAUUAUAAGGAUAUGCCCCUACAAUUCCCACUCGUAUCAAUGGAACCGUCGCGAAAGGAAAUUGUCGAGUAUUAUGAACCAAAAGACUUUAAGAUUGGGGAGACCCUAAACGUGUUUGGACGACGAUUUUUAAUCUUCGACAUGGAUGCAUUCACUAAAGAUUUUUACCGACAACACUUUGGCUACACGGACUUUACACCGAUUUGUGUAGAUGCGCCCAAGGCACCACGCCAACCUGCGCCACUCCCACCAUGGAAUGGAUGGGGUUCUCCGGAAGACUCACUCAUGUCGUGUCUAAGAAUUGUGCCUCAACGGCCCCGUUACGACGCCAUGAAACGACUCAUCUUUGAAUUGAAGGUCCUAAAGUUCGGUGCCACAAUCGACUCCACUAGACCUGAAGACCAAGGACGUGAAUUCACAAUUUCCUAUCGCUUAGUGGACGAUAAGCUCUCCGUGUAUGAGCGUGCCGUGCGGAAUUCGGGAUGGCCAGGAGGCAAAUUUUUGGACUACUUGCGAGUAAUGAAACCCGGCUCUUCAAAAGAUAACCCAGAAUACUAUGGACCUCACGACCUCUACAUUGGUGCAAUGUUGGACAUUUUCAAUUCAAGAUUUUGUCUCAACUCUGCAGAUCCGUUUACUCUUGAAUUCAUCAAUGCAAACCCGGCUUGCUUCCCAGAACAUGUCAGAGAAAAUCUUCAACAGUACUUUGACUGUGAGAAACAACAAAAUCCUGCACAAUUCAAGGAAAAACCUUGCGAUCCAGGAAGAGAAGUUUGCGAAGAGCCGAUCGGCGAAGGAUUUUUCGAGCAUUUGGGUCUCGGCACCCAAAAACAAAGUGUUGACCCUUGCGUGGACAAUCCAAAUCCUGAUCCAAUGCCUUACGACUGGGACAUGUGUCGAAAAUUAGGGUACAAUUGCGGAUAUCAACGCCCUACAAAUGUUGACGAACCGAUUGAUCAACUUUGCGAUAAGCCUUGUCCAGGAAACCCUGACAUGUUUGAAACUAAGGAGCUUGCCGUUUGUCAACCGGAACGCUAUGUUGCACCAGAUCCACUGCCACCCAAUCCAAGACUCACUGAAGACGUGCCUUGCAUCCCUCCUGAGAAAUAUGAUUACCUGAAAGAACAUCGUUUCGAUUGCUACAAUCCUCCAGAUGCGGACAAGCAAUAUGAAAUCUUUCAGAAACAGAGCAAAUUCAACUGCCCAUGUCCUCCAGACAAUGCAAACGGGGGCCAACAACGAUAAUUUAUUUAAUACGUAACAAAAACUUUUCUAUAAAUAAUAAUAAUGCUGCACAUAACUUAAAAUGUAUGUAUUUACAUUCAUGUAAUAA